AUGCAUAAGGCACAGGACGUAAAUCAAUAUGAAAAUAAUGACGAGGAUGAGGACGGGGACGAUGAUGAUGGGAACGGUGAGGCCAGUGGAGGCAAUGUCAUUCGUGGAACGCUGAGCACUGGUGUGAGAGGAGUCUCCGGAGGAACGGCGUUUCUGAAGACAACAAAGGAUGGCAUGUUUUGUUACCAAUGCGCACUUGGUAGAGUUGCGAACAUAUACUGCACCUGUCGCUACUACUACAUUUUGUACAACACCAGGGGCAGCAAUUACAAGAAAUUGGAAGAUAACAACUUCUACUACAAUCGGAGCAUAGUUUUCCGCUCAUCUUCCCGCUCUCCUCCCAGUCCACUCAACCUGCAACCAUAUCAAUCACCUGAGCAACGCACUCACCAACUGCAACACGUACCACUCCCCCUCCCAGUCCCCUCAAACUGCGAACAUAUCAAUCACUCAAGCAACGCACUCACCUACUGCAACACGUACACUGCCGCUCCCAGUCCCCUCAACCUGCAGACAUGUCAAUCACUCAAGCAACGCACUCACCUACUGCAACACGUACACUGCCGCUCCCAGUUCCCUCAACCUGCGAACAUAUCAAUCACUCAAGCAAGCACUCACCAAACACUCAUCAACACGCACCUAUGCAAGGCGUAG